GUGAGCAGCCACAGUGCCCUGCUCAGAAGCCCGGGGCUCGUCAGUCAAGCUGGUUCUCGGCUCUCACUCGGCAGCACAGGCAGGCGAGUGGCCCUUAGUUCCAGGAGCAGAGCAGCAGAGCCCCAGUCCUGGUCCUCCAGCCCCAAGCCUCGCCUGCCCACCCAGCGCCAGGAUGGCCACCAUCACCUGCACCCGCUUCACGGAAGAGUACCAGCUCUUCGAGGAACUGGGAAAGGGAGCGUUCUCAGUGGUGCGCAGGUGCGUGAAGGUGCUGGCUGGCCAGGAGUAUGCUGCUAAGAUCAUCAACACCAAGAAGCUCUCGGCCAGAGAUCAUCAGAAGCUGGAACGCGAAGCCCGCAUCUGCCGCCUGCUGAAGCACCCCAACAUCGUCCGGCUCCACGACAGCAUCUCCGAGGAGGGACACCAUUACCUGAUCUUCGACCUGGUUACCGGUGGGGAACUGUUUGAGGACAUCGUGGCCCGGGAGUAUUACAGUGAGGCCGAUGCAAGUCACUGUAUCCAGCAGAUCCUGGAGGCCGUUCUCCACUGCCAUCAGAUGGGUGUGGUGCACCGGGACCUGAAGCCGGAGAAUCUGUUGCUGGCCUCCAAGCUCAAGGGUGCCGCGGUGAAGCUGGCAGACUUCGGCCUGGCCAUAGAAGUGGAAGGGGAGCAGCAGGCAUGGUUCGGGUUUGCAGGAACGCCGGGAUACCUCUCCCCAGAAGUGCUGCGGAAGGACCCGUAUGGCAAGCCUGUGGACCUGUGGGCCUGUGGGGUCAUCCUCUACAUCCUGCUUGUUGGGUAUCCUCCAUUCUGGGAUGAGGACCAGCACCGCCUCUACCAGCAGAUCAAAGCUGGUGCCUAUGAUUUCCCGUCACCAGAAUGGGACACGGUCACCCCGGAAGCCAAGGAUCUAAUCAAUAAGAUGUUGACCAUCAACCCAUCCAAACGCAUCACGGCCGCCGAGGCCCUCAAGCACCCCUGGAUCUCGCAUCGGUCCACUGUGGCCUCCUGCAUGCACAGACAGGAGACCGUGGACUGCCUGAAGAAGUUCAACGCCAGGAGAAAACUGAAGGGAGCCAUCCUCACCACCAUGCUGGCCACCAGGAACUUCUCUGGAGGGAAGAGUGGAGGAAACAAGAAGAAUGAUGGUGUGAAGAAAAGAAAGUCCAGUUCCAGCGUUCAGUUAAUGGAAUCUUCCGAGAGUACCAACACCACCAUCGAGGAUGAAGACACCAAAGUGCGGAAACAGGAGAUUAUUAAAGUGACAGAGCAGCUGAUUGAAGCCAUAAGCAAUGGAGAUUUUGAGUCCUACACGAAGAUGUGUGACCCUGGGAUGACGGCCUUCGAACCCGAGGCCCUGGGGAACCUGGUCGAGGGCCUGGACUUCCAUCGAUUCUAUUUUGAAAACCUGUGGUCUCGGAACAGCAAGCCCGUGCACACCACCAUCCUGAACCCCCAUAUCCAUCUGAUGGGCGACGAGUCGGCCUGCAUCGCCUACAUCCGCAUCACACAGUACCUGGAUGCAGGCGGCAUCCCCCGCACGGCCCAGUCGGAGGAGACCCGUGUCUGGCACCGCCGGGACGGCAAAUGGCAGAUCGUCCACUUCCACAGAUCUGGGGCGCCCUCCGUCCUGCCCCACUGAAGGACCAGGCCGGGGGCCCUGGACCGCAGAGAUUUACUCUUCGUUCAUGGAAUGUGGCUGCUGGUUCUCCCACUCGGAUUUUGCUGGAAUUCCCCCAAUCACGUCACCUCACUACCACCACCAUCACCAUCACCGUCAGAGCUACGUCAAAAAAAUCCUGCCUGCUCACAAAAGCUAUCACGACUUCCGAGCAAAUGGCACAUCUCCCUGCCACCCCCUGUCCCUUUCGCUCUGUGUCACCUGCCAGGGCAGGUCCUCCUCAGGACUGGGUGCCCCCGAGGGUGGUAUAGGGGGGGGGGCUCCCCUCUGGGUGCUGGCUCCGAGGGCUCCCCCUCCUGGCUGUCGUCGGCCUGGUCUUACCUUGGCUGUAGGCCAGAAUGCCCAGCUGUGUGUCCCCCGAGCUGCUGAGAAGGAGGGGCGGAAUCAGGAGGAAUGUGGCAUCCGCUCCCCAUCUCCCUGUCUCUCCCUUCCAGGGUCCCCCCAGCCCCGUGAGCCAGCCUCCCCUGUGGGAGAGGGUGAGAGAGGCGCCGACGCCAGGAGCCCCCACCUCACACUGCCUCCCUAGCUCCUCCUUCUCCAGUCCUGCUCGUCCUCCUGUCCAUGCGGACCCUUCUCCCUCCGUGUGUGUGGAGUGCGAUCCUCUCAGGGUGCCCCCACUCUUUCCUUCUGCCUUCGGCUGAUGUUUACCUCCAACAAUAACGCCCAUUCCACCCUUCCACCAGUCCCGGAGAAUUCCAGCUUCGUCCCCCCAGAGGGAGAGAAUCUGAUUGCUUUUUGGGGGCAAAGAAGGCACGUUUAGGUACCACUCCUACUUGGACCGCAUGCCUUUUUAUAGCCAAACUCCUGUGUGUUUCGUAAAUGGAUUUUGCGUUCAUGGAUAUUUAUGUAAUAACUAAACCUCUCAAAUUAUUGUGAGGAGGGUCGGGCCGGGUUGGGAAGGGGUGUGGGAAGAGGGGUGAGGGGUAGAUUUUUUCUGUUCUAGGUCUUUUUUUUCU